CUGUGCGCCAUUUGACGAGAGUGUGAGGGGAAGGGAAAGGCACCAUUAUCUGAGUGAAAGCCUUCGGUGGAUUUACCGGCUGACACUCCCGGAGCCGCACUUCUUCCCCUUCCUGGUAUAUCUCAACGUCAACGCAAUUUGUGCCUGUGCCGUUUCCUUUGUUGCUCCUGUCAGUUUGAGGUCCUCCUUCUUAACGUUCAUAUUAACUCUAUUAUACUCGUGCUCAUGUCGGUCUUGAUGAAGCAUGGCCAGUGAGUUGAGGCAGAGAGAACCGGAUAUCACCCUACUGCCCGUCCAGGGCCCUGAUCUCCGGCCCCGUUGAUCGUCUCCCUCUUCUUUAUCAUGUCAGGGGCCACAGGUCCCCCUACUGGACCGCCUCACUUCCUGGUCCCUCCGCGGCCCACUAAUGGUUCCAGCUCGGAUACGUCAAUAGGAGACAGACUGUCUGCCCCGGGUGAGGAGGCGGUAGGUCGCCCUGAGGAGUUUCGCCGCCGCCGGCAUACAAUGGACAAGGAUAAGGCCGAGCAUCGUUUCUUCCGGCGCAGCGUUAUCUGUGACUCCAAUGCCACGGCCUUGGAGCUCCCCUCUAACCAGAGCAUCCUGGGUUCCCCACCCGAGUCCGAGACUGGACUACAGAUACACGUGUACGAGGAGAAAUCCGAGAGACCGAAAACCCCAGUCCCUAUAGCCCUAGAGCAGGCAGUAGUCCAAGAGGUAGAACUUAUUCCAGAGGAAUCGGUCCCGGACCCCAUAGAGCCCACUCCACAGCAGCCAGAACUACUAGACACCCCUGAUGACAAAGUCCCAAAGGCAGUCGACCAACCAGAGGAUACCCGCAGCCCCCAGGAGAAGGCAACUGAUGAUAACGAGGAGCUCGAAACCAAGGCCGUGGGCUUCUCUCCAGAUGGCAGGUUCCUAAAGUUCGAUAUCGAGAUUGGGAGAGGAUCUUUCAAAACUGUUUACAAAGGCCUGGACACCGAGACUACGGUGGAGGUGGCCUGGUGCGAGCUGCAGGAUCGCAAACUAUCAAAAUCAGAACGUCAGCGAUUUAAGGAGGAGGCAGGGAUGCUGAAGGGACUGCAGCACCCCAACAUUGUGCGAUUUUAUGAUUCCUGGGAGUCAACACUGAAGGGAAAAAAAUGCAUUGUUUUGGUGACAGAGCUAAUGACAUCUGGGACACUGAAAACGUACUUAAAAAGGUUCAAGGUAAUGAAACUCAAGGUGCUUCGGAGCUGGUGCCGUCAGAUUCUGAAGGGUUUGCAUUUUCUUCACACUCGCACUCCUCCCAUCAUCCACCGGGACCUAAAAUGUGACAACAUCUUCAUUACCGGGCCCACAGGAUCUGUGAAAAUAGGAGACCUCGGUUUAGCAACUUUGAAGAGAGCAUCUUUUGCCAAGAGUGUUAUAGGUACCCCUGAGUUCAUGGCCCCAGAGAUGUAUGAGGAGAAAUACGAUGAGUCGGUAGACGUGUAUGCUUUUGGAAUGUGCAUGCUUGAGAUGGCCACCUCUGAAUAUCCUUACUCCGAGUGCCAAAAUGCUGCGCAGAUCUACCGGAGAGUCACCAGUGGUGUGAAACCAGCUAGCUUUGAUAAAGUUGCUAUUCCAGAGGUAAAGGAAAUCAUCGAGGGAUGUAUUCGCCAAAAUAAAGAUGAAAGAUAUACCAUUAAGGACCUGCUCACCCAUGCCUUCUUCCAAGAGGAGACUGGAGUGCGUGUGGAGCUUGCAGAGGAAGAUGACGGGGAAAAGAUUGCUAUUAAGCUAUGGCUACGUAUUGAGGACAUCAAGAAGCUCAAAGGCAAAUAUAAGGACAAUGAGGCAAUAGAGUUCUCUUUUGACCUGGACAGGGAUGUUCCUGAUGAUGUGGCACAGGAAAUGGUGGAAUCUGGCUAUGUUUGUGAAGGAGACCACAAAACCAUGGCUAAGGCAAUCAAAGACCGAGUGUCCCUGAUUAAACGCAAGCGUGAACAGCGUCAACAAGUGCGGGAGGAACAGGAAAAGAGGAAGAAAGAAGAGAGCAGCCAAAACUUGCAACAGCAGUUGGAUCAACAACUCCAAAGCCCUCCGCAAGGAACAGGCAAACCACCCGAAGCGCAAAUUGGCACAGCCCAGUCGUCUGCCUCAACAAGUAUGCUAACAACAUCUGCCACACAAGUGGAACCAGAGGAGCCAGAAGCUGAUCAGCAUCUUCAGUAUCAACAGCCCAGCACAUCAGUCAUAACUGAUGGUACAAUUGACAGUGGACAUGGAUCUUUACUGUAUUCUGAGUCUCGUGUUGAAAGUCAACAGCCUCCCUCAUAUGGUUCUCAGCAGGAUCCAGGCCACACUCCCAGCAUGACUUCUGGAUACAGCACUCCAAAUCUGCAACCUGCAGCACAGCAUGGUGCUUACCCUACUGUUGGGCUUCGUCGAGGUCGUAGCAUGUCAGUUUGUGUUCCCAUCCUUCCUUCCACUACCUCUCUCAUGUCAUCUGUCCCAAGUGCUCCCUGCUCCCCUCCCCCAGUUCUUGCUGAUCAUUCCUCUCCCCUUCGGACUGAAGAAUCCUUUGCUGAAAAACUUUCCAAGGCUCUGGAGAGUAUCCUUCCCAUGCACUCUGCCAGCCCUCGCAAGCAACAUCGUCGCUGCAGCCUACCCACCCUCUCUGUCAGCCCUCCUCAGUCCUUGAUGCAUCCAACAAUUCCAGAUUCUCCGUUUUUUUCCCCGACCAUUCAUGAACGCCCCAUGUCCUACUCUCCUCCACCUGCUUUGCAACCACAAAAGAUUUCUGCAGCACAUCGGCGCAAGAGUACCUCCUUUCUGGAGUCCCAGAGCCACCAUGGUCCAUGUCAGGGGAAGGCAGUAGCACAAAGCCCUCCUGUGGUAGGUGGGGAUACACUUAGCUGGAAAGCAGAAGGGCUAGCUGUGUUGGGCAAAGCAUUUAAUGAAGAACUUUCAUUAUUUUCUGAUGGUAGACAAGGAACUGCAUCAUCCAGUGAAGCCCAUAUAAGACACAUGGAAACUGCACAACCCGCUAACUUACCUUUCAACACACAGACAGAUAUUUUAAGUAUUCCAGUGGGACCAGGUCAUAUGGACGAACACAAGAUGACCCAGCUCAGCUCUGUCUAUGAUUACCAAACUGGGCAAGCCUUUAUUACUCAACCUCUCCAGAACCUGAGGCUACAGCCUGGAGCAACCCUGUCCACACCUUUAGCAAGUAUGUCUGCACCUGUGACCUCAGACCCUCACAUUAUGUUUCAUCAAGUAUUUUUACCCCAGUCUGCUCCUCCAGUACUCACUCAGGGAAGUGAAGGUCAUCCAGGUUGUGUGUUUGAGUUCCAUGUACACACAUCAAGCACAACUCCUUGUGAAAAUGCAAUCUUCUUACCACACCGGGUUUACCGCACCCGUCGCGGUUCCAUAGAUUCCAACCCUGAAGAGGUGUCUCACAGUUUGUUGGUGCAGAGCCGCCUCCAGACUGUGACUGAGGAGCAGGGCAACCAUUUUGGCAUAGAAUCUAUCACUACUUUAGCAGGGGUCCCCAAAUGUACUCAGUUAGAAGGGAGUCCUGAAUACUCCAGUGACUCUUCACAGAGAAAUUCCUCCGACCUGGGAGAUUAUGUAUCCCCACCUGCCGCUGCUGUUGCUAGCACUGAUCUGUCAAUGGGAUAUACCCAGAAAAUGCUUUGGGACCCACAUGUCAUUUUCUGUUUCCCGCAGCCUGGGACUGCAUCCUACACAGGGUUGCCAGCUAUGUGCCACCAACAGGCUCAAAUAUCAGGACAACCAUCUGUCACCACUGUACCUGUUAGUGUUGGCGUACAAUCUGCUCAGCACCCGCAGCAGCCUGCAAUGUUCAGCCAGGCAGUACAGAGCCAGAUCCAGCAACCUUUGCCAGUGGCAUCUGGUCUGGAUACAUCAUCUCAGCCCAUUGUUUCCCAAACCCAGGCUACUCAGUCAGGCAUCCAGCUCCCUGUCUCCCAGCCUUUACCAUCUGUCCAAGGAGAGCCUCUGAUUCCUGCUGCAGCAACUACUGCCCCACAGCCUUUAUCUGUUCCAACAGUACCAGCAUCUAUGCCACCUCAGUUCCUACCCUUGGCAAAUCCCUUAGUAGCUGUUCCCUUCCUUCCACAGUUUUCUUCCCCACAGCUGUCCAUGGCGAUACCGCCCUCAAUAAUACAAACUGGACUCCCUACCAUUUCUGUUCCAAUGUCCCCAGAUUUUGUCCAGAGUGUACCACAGUUUCCCCCACCUAUAGGGACUCCACUUUUUCCUGCAGGGCAAGCAGUGAUAGUCCCUAGUCAUGUCCCCACAGUUUCCCUCCAAUCCUUGAAUCAAGUACCCCCACAGACUCUACUCCCUGCGAUUCAUCCAGUUGGAUUACCAGCCACUCUUGGACAAGCAUCUGAACCUCUGCUUCCCUUGGGUGACACUCAAAACCAGGGCUUUCAACUACCGCAUCCCGCUCCAUUUCCAGGUGAAGCAGUCUUGGCUCCUCCUCCUGCUUCAUCAGUCGUAAUCCCUCCUAUACGCACAGAAGGCCAGUCUGGGUACCUUACUAGUGUUUCCCAACCUCAGGGAGGGUCAGAUCAUCAGGUCAUUUCUUCUGCAGCCCAGCAGGGGGCUCUUGGAACUCAGGCACAACCAGUCCAGGAGAAUACUACUCAAGCUAACCCUGUCGAAACACAGGCAACAACUCAGAACGCUCAAGCAGUUUCCUCUAUGGACAGUGCACAUUCGGAUGUAGCCUCGGGGCUAAGCGAUGGAAAUGAGGGUGUAACUACCUCCAAUGGGAGACAUGAGGGGCGAACAGCUAAGCGACAUUACAGGAAAUCUGUGCGCAGCCGCUCCCGACAUGAGAAAACUGCUCGUCCCAAACUUCGCAUUCUCAAUGUUUCAAACAAAGGUGAUAGGGUUGUCGAGUGUCAACUGGAGACCCAUAACCGUAAAAUGGUCACGUUUAAAUUUGACUUGGAUGGAGACAAUCCAGAAGAGAUUGCAACUAUCAUGGUUCAGAAUGUGUUUAUCCUGGCUUCAGAGAGAGAGUCUUUCGUGGACCAGGUGAAAGACAUCAUUGAUAAGGCAGAUGAGAUGCUAAGUGAGGAUGUUGGUGUGGAGCCUGAAGGAGAGCAAGGAAUAGAGAGCCUGCCUAUCAAGGAUGAGUCAUACUACAUUGAGUCACAGAGGCUCCAGGGUGAAUUCAGGAAACCGGAUCCUGUAUAUUUCUUGCCACAGAUAUCAGAUCUCCCUCCCAGUGCCAACACACAAGUUGUUCAUUCAGCUGGGAGACGCUUUAUUGUCAGCCCAGUUCCAGAGAGUCGUUUACGAGAACCCAAGUUCUUCAGUGCAACAUCACAAGAAUCUCCACUCGCUGUUCCUUACGUUCAUGGUCCCGGGAUGAACCUAUCUCACUCAGCUUCCUCUGUGAGUCUUCAUCAUGCUUUUGCAGAGCUACGUCAAAAUCAGUCGGCAGACGGUCCCAGCACUGCUCCUCCUGUUUUUAACCAAACUGGACCUCCAUUCCCUACACCUGUCACCAGCCUUGUGGAAACUCUCUCAACAUCUGUAGGUGCUCACUCUACAGAAACUUCAACCAUCCCAAGCAGCUUAAUUCAUUCGGCUUCAAAGCUUAUUGUAGAUGAAGUAAUUGAAACUCCUGAAAUAUCUGCCGUCACAACAAGCAGCAAUGUGCAAAGCACACUGUCACAUCCACUUACCUCCAUCUCAAACCAGCCACCUGCAACAGUGAUUACAUCUGGUCUUACUAUGUCUACAACUGAACCACUACCUGUGCCAUCACUUUCUGCUGUGCCUCUAGUUAUAGGGAUACCAGUUUCUUCUGCUCCAGUGACCUCUCCUCCUACACAGAUACCUACUUCUGUCAGCACCACUGGACCUGUUGUGCCCCAGCCUGUUUUAUGUCCUCCAAUACAGCAGCCCUUCAGUAAUAUGGCUGCAGGUCUUCCUCACACUUCUGUCUCUGCCCCACUCAAUCUGAGCACAGUGACACCAGCUCAGGUUCAAAUCAGCAACAGCAACUCUGCUCCUAACUUUGUGGAACCAGUAGUAGUUGAAACUCCCCAGAUUGACUACAGUCAAAACACAGCAGAUGUCAUCACUGCCCUCAGCACAUCCAACAUGACAUUGCCCAUCUCUGCACCUCUUACAUAUGCUGGGGUAGUUGCAAUGUCUGCAAAUCAAUCUCUGGUACACCCAACAACACUAUCGCAGGUUGUAGCAACUACCCCAGUUGUAUCGCAGGUAGCCGUAGUAGCAUCUACACCCCUCAGUACUCAAGUACCUUUGCCUGGUAGUGUACCUUUAGGCCAUCCAGUCUCCAGUCUGCCAACUGUCCAAAAUACUCUAGCUCAGAGUCAACCACAGCCGACUGCUCUUCCUAACCAGCCUCAUACCCACUCUGUAGAGGGAGAUGUGGACAGCCUUCAAAAAACAGGUAUUGAUGAUAUCAAGACUCUGGAAGAAAAGUUAAGGUCACUGUUCAGUGAGCAUGGUAGUGCUGGAGCACCUCACAACCUUACUCAGCAAGAAAAUCCUGUGGGACUGGAUGCCACGCUUGUGCCUGGUACUUCCUGUGCCACCAUUGGAGCCCAAUCCAAACCCCCAGCUUCCAAUGCUCCUGCACCACCAACCAGCUUGCCUCUGGGGCCAACUGGACAGCCAAUGGUUACACAAAUGGUUACUCCAGGACAAGCAGUUACCCCUGUCACGUAUGUGUCUACAGGAGUCGGCACUGCAACCACAGGGAAAGCUGCUACCCCUCCCUCUAAAGCUCCCCUUAGUAGGGUUCCGGUGCUCCCUGCAGGUACAGAGAGUCAGACAGGCAGUCCUACUGGUGAACCACUGCCACCUCUUCCAGGACCUUCACUAACUCAGUCCCAGCAACCCCUUGAAGACCUGGAUUUCCAGCUGAGAAGGACGUUGAGCCCCGAUACUGUCUCUGUGCCCCCUGCACCUAUUUGUUCUUUGUCAGGUGCAGUCCCCACAAGUAUGACAGCGAGCAAUCAAUCACAGUCUCAAAGGGAAGCUGCGCAAGACAAGGAAGAGACUGAAACCAGUGCAAGUGUCCUCAAGAUGGGACGUUUCAAGGUUUCCAUUGCAACAGAGGAUGUGUUGAAGCAGAGUGAAGACCCAAAACUAACUACUUCAGAAUCAUCAUCCACCUCACCUACCACUUCCUCCUCCUCUGGUUCAGGCAGCAGUCCUGAGAGCACUUUGGUGAAACCACAAUCCCAUGCAACUCCCAACUUGGACAUUGUAGAUGGUGUUGGUCCUACGCACAUUACAUUGAAUAGCCCUAUACCCCAGCAGUUAGUGAAGGUGGGACGUUUUCAGGUGUCCACCUCCACCACGGACAAAGUGGGACGUUUUUCUGUGUCUCGGACACAAGAUGAGGUAUCCAGUGGCCUAACAGACACAUGUUCACAACUGGCAACAUCACCAAAAAUGGAAUUGUACCUGAAUGGACCUUCCUCCCAUCAUGAAUCUCCUGCCACACCAAGUGAAUCAGCAAAGGUUGUUCCAGAUGACAAUUUAGGGAGCCCUAUUUUGCAACACCAAUUAGGCUCAAAAGUCAGUCUACAGAGUCUCAGCAAUUCUUUUAACUCGUCAUACAUGAGCAGUGAUAAUGAAUCGGACAUUGAAGAUGAAGACUUAAAGAAAGAGCUGCGAAGGCUUCGGGAGAAACACCUGAAGGAGAUCCAUGAGCUACACAGUCGUCAGAAGCAGGAGAUUGAGCUGCUCUAUACUGCUCUAGGGAAGGUACCCCCAGCUGUCAUCAUCCCCCCAGCUGCACCACUUUCCGGGCGACGAAGACGGCCAACUAAGGGCAAAGGUAGCAAGUCAAGUAGAGGCUCCCAUGGAAAUCGAAGUCCCCAACUAUCAGGUGACUUGUCAACACAGAGUGCGCCGUGCGCUCUUCCCCUUCAGCAGAACCUUCUUCUACCCCCCAGUGGUAUGGCUGACCCUGGACAACUCCUCAAACCCUCACCAUCUAGUGAAAACCUAUGCUCGGCAUUCACAAGUGAUGCUGGCCUUUCUGUACCAAGCCUUUCAGCUCAGGGACAAGGGAAAAUGGUGAAAAAAGUCUGUCCUUGCAACCAGCUCUGUAGGACGAGCAGCACUAACACAGUGGCCCCAACAAACGUAACAGUUCCUCAAUCCCAAGCAACCCAAGUGACCUCCAGCCGUAAGGGUACCUUUACAGAUGACCUGCAUAAACUAGUGGACAACUGGGCACGGGAUGCCAUGAACCUGACGGGAAAGAAGGGCAGUAAGACCUCUGGAAGCAACAACUAUGAGGGUCCUGGGAUGGCACGGAAGUUCUCUGCUCCUGGACAACUCUGUGUGUCUAUAACGCCUUCUCUUGGAGCUCCUAUUUCAUUACCAGCUGCAUCUGCUAACUCCCUUUCUCACUAUCCAAAAGGCAUAUGCCCACCACAACAAUAUGGUUUCCCUGCACCCUCAUUCCAGGCCCCAUGGAGUGGGCCAGGAGGACCCCCCACGUCUCAGCCCCUCAGCCAGUUCCCUCCAGCAGUGACUACAUCCUUACAGAACUUUAAUAUCAGCAGCCUCCAAAAAUCUAUCAGCAACCCCCCAGGAUCAAACCUGCGGACUACCUAGCAAAAAUGUUGAAGAGACUGGAUCUUUUGGCAUGUAGUGUAAGAGUAGUAGAGCAAUUGGACUCUUUGCUAUGAACUCACUACAGGACCUUCAUCCAGAGCUGAGGAAGCUCUGUAGUUCCUGUUUCUUGUAUCCCUUUCCAACAAGGGUAUAUUGUCCUCUUCCUCUAAUGGGAGAGGAGGCAGCGGUCUACUCCAUUCUUAAGGGUGACAGACUGCAGUUGCUCAAAAUAUGUGUAGCCUAUUGUGGUUGCAUGAUGUUGUUAAUGGAGUCUGAGGCCCUGUUAGUCAGGGGUAGUGGUUAUAUGCAAGCAGCAGGGAACCGUUAUGGUCCUCUGUUAAGUUAUAGGUCAUUUAAUGCUUUAAAAUAAAGAAAUAUUAACAGCUUUUACUGCAGCAUUACAAUUGUAUGAAUAAAGUAAAUAUAUAUAUAAAUAUAUUAAAAAAUAAAGUUCUGUGAGGACAUUACGCUACCAUCAGUUAUGAUGUGGAUACACUGUGAUAUAUAAAUGUUGUUGGACAACAGUAGUUAUAAUAAUAAUAAAAUAAACAAAUGUUAGAGGGUUACAAAUGAAACGGAGCAUCCCGCUCUAAUCGCCUCAUCAGAGACACUUUAAAAAUGUUGCUUUGUCCUGUUCUAUUAGAUAAAUGUGAAUGUAAAAUUGUAUAAAAUGAACUUGAACAUACUUGUUUCCUCCCAAUAUUCUUGCUGCAUUUUUUAGUGCCUUGAAAGCUACAGACGGUGCAUUUUAACCUUUUUUUUUUUUUUCACCAGGGCACUGUUGUUUUUGUUUUUGUGUGUCUUUCCCCCUUCUUUACUAUAUUUGUAAUGUGGAAGGACUGGAGUAUGCAGGGUAGAGAAAGGGAUAUUUGACAAAGUAGUUGGUUACACCUCCAAUAUCGGCAUGAAUGGAACGUGUUAAAGAACCACGCUAAGCAUAACACCUAAGGGCAAAUGAACAUCUUGAUGUCACCAUAUCUUGUUGUAGAUCUUUGUGACUCGGUAUAGUUGGACAGUAUGGUGAAGGUGAAAUAAAUGUGUUAGGGAUGUGUAGCAAUAGAUGGUGCUACUCUGUAAAGGUGUUUUGUUUUUGGGAGAAGGGGGUAGGUGUGCUGACACCCUGUUGCUCCCGCAUGGAUAGGAAUCAUUAAGUUAUAUGGUCCUGAAGAAGUUGUGAUGGUGCUCGGGUGAAAGGAUUGAGCUGAAGAAACAAUGAUAUGAAUGUUUUGGGGAUGGUUUAGUAUUAAUGGGAGUUUCUUGGCAAGUCCCUGCGUCCUGACCUCAUUAAAUAUAUAUUGGGUAAUUCAGAUCACUGUCCAUUUCAAUGCUUGUAAUAUAGUCAUUAUGGCACCAUUAAUAUCUCGUAAGCAGUAUUACCAUGUUAAGUUGCACCAUAAUCUGGAGUUCACUCCAUGUAGCUGAGGAUGCUGCUGCAGAUGUGGAAAUUCUAAUUUAAGAGUCAAAAACAUCUUUGAUAUUAACAUUUGUGGUCAAGAUAUCUGUAACAAAUAAACAAUGGACACAGGUUUUUUUUGUAUAAAACUGUGGAAUUCCUGGUGAACAAAACUGAUGAAAUUCCAACAUUUUUCUCUUAGUUUUCAGCCUUGAAUACUGUCAUAACUUCCCCAAUCUUUGGACAGGACAUGAAGUCAGUGGCAGUUUUUUCAGGCUUUGAGUUCUUUUUCCAAUGCUUCUCGUUCUAAACAUUAUUCUUGUGAGCUGGAUGAUUUUAUAAUGUAAGGAUAUUGUAGGGUAGAUUCAUAUGCUUCCCUUCAGAUAUUAUUGAGAGCCUUAGAGACUGGGCAGAGAAUACCGUAGUUAUAGCACUGUUGUCAGGAAGCUGAAUGGUAAAUAGUGCGGAACAUAGCAUUGGGAAGCUGGAGAAGGGAUUUGUGCAUUCUAAGCACCUGAUAGGUAUUUAUUUUACAUAUAUUUUAUAUAUUAUUUUUUCCCCUUUGUUUAGUAAUACUGAGGUCUUUUUUCCCUUAAAUUUAAUUUGUGCAUGCUCUGGAUUAUUUUUUCCACUGAUUUACCUUCCUGUGGGCACAAAUAUAAAACAAGUAUUUAAAAAAUGCUACUGAGCUGUUUAAUAACUAAUAUUUACACAUUGUGCUUAUCUUAUCCUUCCCCAUACCCAGAUUACAAACCCAUUUCCUUCCUGACUAUAUUUAACACUGUAUUAAAAAGAAAUAAACAAGAAUGUGGGAUUUCCCUGGAGCUGUGAAUUUUCUGUUUGCACUUUUUCUGUCCUGCAUAUUUCUGUAAAAAAAUUGCACUUUUCUCUUUUUAUCGCCUCUGUAGACUAUUAAAACUUAAUAAACAAAGCCUUAUUUUA